UUUUUUUUUUCUCCUCUAUGUAAAAAAAAAAGAACUCGAUUGAUUUUGCCUUUUUCAGUUCCGAUUGGCUCCAUCUCCGCCCUCCUUGCGCUCCGCGGCCAUGGCGUCCACCGCCGUCAAGCUCAUCGACAUCGCAGUCAACUUCACCGAUGGCAUGUUCAAGGGCAUCUACCACGGCAAGCAGUGCCAUGCCGCUGACAUCCCGGCCGUACUCGCGCGCGCGUGGGCUGCCGGCGUCGACCGCAUCAUUGUCACCGGAGGCUCUCUGAAAGAGUCCAGGGAGGCGUUGGAGAUCGCCGAGACCGACGGGAGGCUGUUCUGCACUGUGGGCGUGCACCCGACGAGAUGCGGGGAGUUCGAGGAGAGUGGAGACCCCGAGGGUCAUUUUCAGGCACUGCUGGCUCUAGCGAAGGAGGGGAUAGAGAAAGGCAAGGUCGUCGCCGUUGGUGAAUGUGGUUUGGAUUAUGACAGACUUCACUUCUGUCCGGCAGAUGUGCAAAAGAAGUACUUCGAGAAACAAUUUGAGUUGGCGGAAGCAGUAAAACUGCCAAUGUUUCUUCACAUGCGUGCUGCUGGUGAAGACUUCUGUGAAAUCAUGACACGAAAUUUGCACAGAUUCCCUGGUGGGGUUACACAUUCCUUCACUGACUCGGCAGAAGAUCGGGACAGGCUACUUUCUUUUGAGAAGAUGUUUAUAGGUGUUAAUGGCUGCUCUCUGAAAACUAACGAAAAUCUUGAGGUUCUACGAGGCAUUCCUGUUGAGAGGUUGAUGAUAGAGACAGAUUCUCCAUAUUGUGACAUAAGAAAUACUCAUGCUGGAAGCCAGUAUGUGAAAUCUGUCUGGCCAUCCAAGAAGAAAGAAAAGUACGAGCCAGAUUCAACAGUAAAAGGUCGGAAUGAGCCUUGUUUAGUCAGGCAAGUUCUUGAGGUAGUGGCUGGAUGCAAAGGAAUUUCUGACAUAGAAGGCCUUAGUAGAACUCUGUACCACAACACAUGCAGACUCUUCUUUCCUCAGGAUCUUGAUGCAUCUGGCGGUGCACAGCUUGAGAGUGGUACUGCCGUCCAAGAUAGCUGAUGACAGUGAUUUUUUUAAAAAUGUUCCCUUUUGAUUAACGUUUGGUUUCAUGCUUUCAUGUUACAACUUCCAAUAUGCCUAUGAAAUAUUUUUGGUCUGCUAUA